GCUCGCGGUGUCUUUCCAUCAGCCUCACCCUUGAAGAUUAAAGACAUCGUCAAAUCGCGCAUACACUCUCUCUCUGACGUCAUAUCAUCUCAAACCCGUCUCUUUCCUUCUCUCCUUUUUUCUCAACCGCCGGUGACUUCUCCGUCAUUCUCUAUUCUCCCCGGAAAAAAUAUCUUCUCGUCUUCCUCUACUCCGAAACAGUCUCUGCUUCCUCAGCUCCCCUCUCUACCUUUCUCUGUGUGCUUGUGUAAUAGUAGGUUACGAAACGUCUAGAGAUUGUGUACUGGCACUGGUUUUACGUUGGAGAGAAAAGAAACCGUUUCGAAACGCUAAGUUUCUUUUUAAUGUUCGUUUAUGGAGAGGAUUUUUUUAGCAAAAAUGGAGGUGAUUGAGCUCUGGUUGUCGUUUCUCUAACAAUUAAGCAACUGCGAUUUUCCUUGUGUUUCUUUUUGGAUUUUUCAUUUGGUUGGAGAAGAGAAAUUGAAUGGCGGUGGAGUAUGAGUGCUGUGGAACAGAUUUCUUUUUACACAUUUUAAUAAUAAUAUUUCUGGUGAUGUUUGCUGGAUCGAUGUCUGGGCUUACUCUGGGGCUUAUGUCUAUGAGUAUCGUUGAUCUUGAAGUUCUUGCUCAAUCCGGCACCCCGAAAGAUCGCAAACAUGCAGCAAAGAUAUUGCCAGUUGUCAGAAAACAGCAUUUGUUGCUCUGCACGCUUCUCAUUUGCAAUGCUGCCGCCAUGGAGGCUCUUCCUAUCUUUCUUGAUAGUCUGGUGACGGCUUGGGGUGCUAUUCUAAUAUCAGUUACCUUGAUUCUCCUGUUUGGUGAGAUUAUACCACAAUCUGUCUGUUCCCGGUAUGGUUUGGCAAUUGGUGCAACAGUGGCUCCAUUUGUUCGCAUUCUUGUGUUUAUCUGCUUCCCUGUUGCUUAUCCUAUAAGCAAGCUUCUGGACUUUCUGCUGGGUCAUGGGCAUGUAGCACUGUUUCGCAGAGCUGAGUUGAAAACACUUGUAAAUUUUCAUGGUAACGAGGCAGGAAAAGGCGGAGAACUGACACAUGAUGAGACAACGAUUAUAGCAGGAGCACUUGAGCUCAGUGAGAAAACAGCUGGUGAUGCCAUGACUCCCAUAUCUGAAACUUUUGCGAUUGAUAUAAACGCCAAACUUGACAAGGAUUUGAUGAAUUUGGUAUUGGAGAAAGGGCAUAGCAGAGUGCCAGUUUAUUAUGAGCAACCUACAAAUAUAAUUGGACUUAUUCUGGUCAAGAAUUUGUUGACAAUUCACCCAGAAGAUGAAACACCUGUGAAGAAUGUUACUGUACGAAAGAUUCCCAGGGUUCAAGAAAAUUUGCCAUUAUAUGAUAUCCUGAAUGAUUUUCAGAAAGGUCACAGUCACAUGGCUGUUGUUGUAAAAAAGUGCAGCAAGAUGGAGGAGAAGCCAACCAGCAAUGGUGCUGGUGAUCCAUUGAAGGAAGUUAAAGUUGAUAUUGAUGGUGAAAAGCCUGCUCAAGAGAAGACUUUAAAAAACAGAAGGCCGCUUCAGAAGUGGAAGAGUUUUCCCAAUACUGGCAGCAAUUCAUUUAAGGGCUCAAGGAGCAAGAAGUGGACAAAGGACAUUGACUCAGACAUCUUGCAUAUAAAUGGCAAUCCACUCCCUCAAAUUCCUGAAGAAGAAGAAGCUGUAGGCAUAAUAACAAUGGAAGAUGUCAUUGAAGAGCUUUUACAGGAGGAGAUCUAUGAUGAGACGGAUCAUCAAUUCGAAGAUUCAUAACACCGGCCUUCUUCUGGGUGAGCGAAAUGUAUUGCAGUAUAGAUAACCACAAAAAAUUUGUUAAAUUUACUCGAGGAUUUGAACUGUAAAACCAAGAAUAGGGUGAUUUAGAUGCUUUGUUUUGCUAUUGUACUGUGUUUAUCAAAGAUAUUGUUUGCAAGUGUGAAGGAAAAAAGGACUAUUUGUUCCAACAUUGAGAUUCAAGAUUCAGGUAUGAGGCAGAGACCAUAAGCAGCUGCCUACUUAUCUUGGUUGUAAGAUAGCCAUGAAAUGAAAAUGAUAUGGUAUUUUAGGGUUUGAAAUAUGAA